AUGUCUAACCUCGAGAAGGUUUUGAGUGGUGGCAGACUUUCGAUCGACGAAGAGGAGUAUGUUCCAGGUACUAUGCAUUUGGUUGAUUUAGGAGAUUCCUUGAAUGUUAAGAAAGGAGAAGGUUCGAAUAUUAUUUUGCAACCUCAACCCAGCUCCGACAUAAAUGAUGUUUUGAGAUGGUCCCAGAGAAAGAAGAACCUUCAGUUUGGUUUAACUUGGUUUUGGGCUUUUAUGGCUGCUGUUGUUGUUGGUUGGUAUGGGCCGUACUUUACAAUUUGGUUAACUGAAUUUUCAACUGAUAUAAGUCAUUUGAAUAUUUCGAGUGCUUGUAUAUUUAUUGGUUUAGGAUUUGGUUGCAUUUUUUUCCAACCUCUUGCAAUGAAAUACGGAAGAAGAGGUAUGUACCUUUUCUGUACUAUUUUGGCGAUUAUUGGGAAUGCUCUUGGGUCACAAGCAAAGACCAUUAAUUAUAUUAUCGUUUCAUUUUUGAUAAGUGGGUUUAGUGCAGCUCCUUGUGAUUCUCUCGUUCCUAUCAGUAGUACAGACGUUUUUUUUGUUCAUGAAAGAUCAAAAUAUAUCUCUUUAAUGAUUUUGGCUUUAUAUGCUGGUUCAUUUUUAGGUCCGGUGGUGGCAGGUUAUAUACCUACCUGGGAAUGGUGCUUUUACGUUCAAGUUAUUAUCAUGGCUGUUUUGUUUAUUGUUUUAUUUUUCUUAUUAGAAGAUACUACUUUUGAUAGAUCAAAAGACUCUGGGGAAAAAGAGAUUUUAGAACAAAUCAAGAGUCAGGAUACCAUCUUGCAAGCAACUAAAAGUGGAGAACUUACUGAAGAGCAGGCUCAAAAAGUGGGAACCAAAAUAAAAUCGAUCAUUUCUCCUGUUAAAUCUUUCAAUGAAGAUAAUAGUGAAACUGAUGCUUCAAGUAUUGAUCCAACUAUUGCAAAAAGGACUUACGCUCAAAAAUUGAAAGUAAUUGAAUUUGAAUAUGGUGAUAAAAGGCUGUUGAUGACUAUUUUCACUAGGCCUUUUCUUUUGCUUGGAUUUCCAGCUUUGAUUUGGGGUGGUACUGUUUAUGGUGCUCAAAUGAUGUGGUUAUCUCUUUUGAACAACACUCAGUCACUGAUUUUCACUGGAAGCUAUGGGUUUUCUACUUCGAACACUGGUUUAACUAACUUGGGACCCUUUGUUGGCAGUGUUUUAGGUAUGUUUUAUGGUGGGAAUUUCGUUGACUGGCUCUCUGUCAAAUUAGCAGAGCGCAAUAAGGGUAUUUUCGAACCAGAGUUUAGAUUAUAUGCUAUGAUAAUUCCUACUAUUCUUAAUUCUUGUGGCUUGAUUGCUUACGGUAUAGCUGCUAAUAAUAAGGCUGCUUGGGAAAUUCCUGUAAUUAUCGGUGAAGUUCUUUUGGGUUUUGCCAUGAGUUCUUCAGGUCCAAUAUGCUUAUCUUACGCUGCUGAUUGUUAUGGGAAUUUGGCCAGCGAAAGUAUGGUUUUGAUGUUAUUCGUGAGAAAUAUGAUCGGUUGUGGGUUUACCUUUGGUAUUGGCCCAUGGAUUGAUAAAUCAGGUUUGGUAGAAACAACCUGGUUGAUGUUUAUGAUGGCUACGAAGAAUGACCAAGGGCUACUAUUACAAAAUGUCUGA